AUGCAUUUUAUUCAAGAACUCGACUUUCUAUACGAGGUCAGUGACUACAAUAUUGCCGGACAUGUGCUUCCCAUCCGCUCCAUCAGCCGGGUGGUGUACGUGUUCGGGUCGCGCGUCGAACACGAGAUCGAGUUCAUCACCGAGACGACGGGCCAGACGACGCUCCUGCCGCAGCAUGUCGUGGCCAAACUGCAGGAAAUUGAUUCACGUGCUCAAACGAUAUUAUGGGAGAGUGGACACUACAAUGCAGUUGCUCAAAUGCCGGUAAUACUCAUUCCUGUCGUGUUCGACGUGGACACGGUGGAUCCCAAUUAUGCCGGACGGCAGCAUUCGGUGGUGCUGCGGCCCUUCAUCACCAAUGAUUUCAUGACAGGGAUUUUUCAUUUUCGCUAUACCCGAUGUACACCUACCCGAAAGUGUAAGUUCGCAACGCUAGUUUUCACGAUACUGGAUAUGGUGAGUGCCAUAACCGAGGUGGGCGGGGUGUCGCGCGUUGUCUACGACCUGACCUGCAAACCGCCGGGGACGACGGAGUGGGAAUAAGAGGUAUUUUGCUUUUUGUAGUCGGUAUAAUUGUUUUCACGAUGGUGUGACGUCGAGUAUAAAAAAACUGUUUGAAUGAUUUCUCUGAUGGAGAGCAGUUUGCGCUUCCGGAUUUGUAAUGAAACCUGCCGGGUGGAUGUGUUUGGCCAUUGGUCAGUUUGGUUGCUUUCUGUUUAUCUGGUUUUCGUUUUUUUUUUGUUUCAGCUCUGUUUAAUGUUUGUUUGUCUUGGCUGAAAGUAAUUUAUUGGGAGAUUUUCGUGAAAAAUUUUGAGUUAACUGAAUAACUCUGGAUGAUUGAUGGGCGCACUUACAUAAAAUUUAGCGCAGCACUUGCAUAAAAUUUAAUACGGUUUAAUAAGAUUUAAU